AUGUAUGCUGGAGAUAGCCUCAGCGUUUCCGUCGUUUCGUACGGCGCCCAAGCUUCGAUACUGCGAUAUGGACACUCCGCAGCUGCGAUAUCGUUGUUCCGGUGCGGGCGGUGCCGAGCGGCGUUUUACUGCAACCGAGACCACCAGCGGAGCGACUGGGCGUGGCACCGGCGUGUCUGUGACGAGGGAAAGGGCGAGCCCCCCCCCCCGCUCGCGCGGCUGGUCCUCCCGGCGCAGAAGCAGAAGGCGGUGGGCUGGGCCGACUCCACCCGGGUGGUACCGGCGUCGGCGGCGUCGGCGGCAGACAGGGGGGGGGGGUUCUCCCCUCCCGCCUGGGAAGGAGGCGGCGCCGGCGACAACGGUGCGAAAGGCAGUGGUCGUGUCGGAGGCGUUAGACACGGGGGCGGCGGUGGUUUUGGUUCGGGCGCGAACAGCGCGGCGUUU